AUGGCGCUGAUCGAAUACGUCUGGUCGCCGUGGGCGAUUGUCGCCCUUGCUGGCGCUCUCCUUGCCUCGUAUCUCUACCAGUACUUGGUCACCUACGGCUCGCUGCGGCGCUUCCCUGCUCCCUUUCCCGCGCAGUUCUCGAACCUGUGGCUGCUGUCCGUCUGCCGGCGAGGCAAUCGAUACGAGACGGUCGACAAGCUGCACAAGAAGCUGGGCAAGUUUGUGCGCAUCCAGCCGAACCACAUUUCCGUGGCCGACGACGCGGCCAUCAACCUGAUCUACGGCCACUCCAAUGGCUUUCUCAACGAAUUCUACGAUGCCUUCGUCUCGAUCCGCCGCGGCCUCUUCAACACGCGCGACCGCGCAGAGCACACGCGCAAGCGCAAGAUGGUCUCGCACACCUUCUCGGCCAAGAACAUCACCCAGUUUGAGCCCUACAUCCACGCCAACCUCGAGCUCUUCGUCAAGCAGCUGGACCGCCUCGUCGACACCAGCCCCCACGCGGACGAAACGGGCCGCAAGGAGGCGCGCUUCGACUGCCUGCCCUGGUUCAACUACCUCGCCUUCGAUGUCAUUGGCGACCUCGCGUUCGGCGCCCCCUUUGGCAUGCUCGAGAAGGGCGUCGACCUCGCCGAGGUGCGCGACGCCCCCGACAGCCCGCCCAUCUACGCGCCGGCCAUUGAGAUUCUCAACCGCCGCGGCGAAGUGAGCGCCACGCUGGGCUGCUUCCCUGCGCUGAAGCCGUACGCCAAGUAUCUGCCGGAUCCCUUCUACAGCAACGGCCUGGCCGCCGUGCAGAACCUGGCCGGAAUCGCCAUUGCCUGCGUGAAGCGGCGGAUCGACAACCCGCCCGAGAUUGAGCGCAAGGAUCUCCUCGCCCGGCUGAUGGAGGGCCGUGACGAAAAGGGCCAGCCGCUGGGACGAGAGGAGCUGACGGCAGAGGCCCUGACGCAGCUCAUUGCGGGCAGCGACACCACGUCCAACUCGUCCUGCGCGCUCCUCAACUACGUUGCCCGCACGCCCGGCGUCCUCGACAAGAUGCAGGCCGAGCUUGACGCCGCCAUCCCCAAGGAGGUCGACGUCCCGACAUACGACAUGGUGCGCGACCUGCCCUAUCUCGCCGCCGUCAUCAACGAGACCCUCCGCCACCACUCGACCUCGGGCAUCGGCCUCCCGCGCCAGAUCCCGCCCGACUCCCCCGGCGUCACCAUCUGCGGCGAGUUCUUCACGGCCGGCACCGUCCUCAGCGUGCCCACCUACACGAUCCACCACUCGACCGACAUCUGGGGCCCGGACGCCGAGGAGUUCAAGCCCGAGCGGUGGCUCAGCGUGACGCAGCGGCAAAAGGACGCCUUUAUCCCGUUCAGCCACGGGCCGAGGGCCUGCGUGGGCCGCAACGUGGCCGAGAUGGAGAUGAAGCUGAUUGCGGCGACGUGGGCGAGGCGGUAUGGCGCAAAGGUCCUGCAGGGGCCGAUGCUGACGAGGGAGGGCUUUUUGAGGAAGCCGUUGGGCUUGGACAUUGCCUUGUACAAGAGGUGA